UUGUCAUCUAAAGUUCUAUCUCCUGUCAACAUGUCCUCCAACUGCUGUUCUGGAAGCUACUCCUCCCGCUCCUUUGGGGGCUACCUGCAACAACCGGACGGCUCCUGCGGCUCUUCCUGCCCCAGCAGCGCAUUCUACUGCCCUGUUUUACAAACUCCCGUCACCCACCAGCUGGGCUCCUCUCUCUCCAGUGGCUGUCAGGAGACCUGCUGUGAUCCCACCAGCUGCCAGACACCCUGUGGGGUGUCCAAGCCCUGCCAGACGUCCUGCUACCGCCAGAGGUCCUCCACAUGCUGCAGUCCCUGCCACACAGCUUUCUCCGGAUCGCUGGGCUUUGGGUCCAGGGGCUUUCAGUCUGUUGGUUGUGGCUUUGGAUCCAGAGGGUUCCAGUCAGUGGGUUGUGCUCCUCACACAUUCUCAUCUCUAAAUUAUGGAUCUAACUGUUACCGUCCCUCCUAUUUCUCCUCUAGAAGUUGCCAGUCUGCUUCUUACCAACUGCCCUGUGGAUCUGGCUUCUACUAAUCAUAUAUAUUAGGUGAAGAGAAAUUUAAAACCUUACUAUCUUAAGAUCCAUGCUGUUUUUUGAUCUCCUGUAUAUUCUGUCAUCAGCCUAAAAAUCUGCUUCUACAUUUACCCCCAUGAAUUAGGAAUAACUUGAAUUCCAGUAAUUGGGAAAUGUAUGUAUUCUUUGGAGAUAGAUGUUAAAACUUCUUUUUAAAAAAUUUUUAGGUAGGCAUGCAAUCAUUGAAGCAUAAUUCUUUCUUCAUGGACCUCCUAGUUAUAUAAAUUUUACAAAGUAAAAA